AUGGUAUCGAAGCUCCGGCCGCUCGUGGCUGCCUUGUGGCCUGUUGCUCUACUCAUUCGACCUACAUAUUCUGCUGGAUAUGUGACUGCAGAUUCGACCACGCCACAGCAAAAUAACCAGAACUGUACUUGCUAUGUCGUUGAAUCAGGUGCCGACUCGCAAACCCCUCAGUACUUCCAAUACUAUCGCUUCUUCGACUUUCGGAACCUCGCGGAUAAGUCAGAAGAGUAUGUGAAGGCACCGGCCGUUGUCGACGAUUGGGACGACGCCCCGAACCUAGAUGUAGGGCAGUCGAGCAUCCUCAAUAGUGACGCUUGGAACAAAGACUGGAACAUACAGAAUUGGAGCAAGAACGCUAGCGAUGACUUCGCUGUCCGGAUGGUCAAUUCACCAGCAAACGUAUACUUGCAGCAGAAUAACGACACCAACGAUGCGUUCACCUACCUCACGCUCCGCACGACUCGUGGAGACGGAUUCCAAAGCGCGUCAGAGAUUGAGAAUCUUCAGAAGAACGUGAUGCACGUGUCGAUGCGCAUGUCAGCAAGAGUAGUGGGAGACAAAGGAGCUGUCGCCGGCUUCUUCACCUUCUAUGACGAUAACAAUGAAUCGGACAUUGAGAUCUUGACGGACGAUCCUACAGAUGUAAUCCGGUAUACCAACCAACCGUCGGUGGACACAAACGGCGACGAGGUCGCUGCGGCAUCUCAAGAGAAAACCAAGCUGCCCGCCUGGGACGAGUGGCAGACACACCGUAUCGACUGGCUCGACAAGGACAGUUACUGGUAUCUGAACGAUAAUCAAGUCGCUGCCAGCUCGUACUCAGUGCCGCGAAAGUCGAGUUACCUUGUAAUCAACAUGUGGUCGGAUGGCGGAACCUGGUCUGGCAACAUGACCGAGAAUGGCUCUGCGGAAUUCCAGAUACAGUGGAUUGAGAUGACGUUCAACACGAGCGGGAAAGUAGAGGGUGACACGUCCCCUGACCCAAACAGUAAAAGAGCGGCUGAGCUCCUUGACAAGAGGGAGGAGAAUUGCAAGGUGGUUUGCAAGAUUGAUGGUGUGGAGCAAAAAGGUACUCCUGAGAUAGUCAGCAGCAGCAUGGCGGCGCACGUGUCACUAUCAGGGGUUGCGGUUGCACUCAUUGGGCUUACGUCGUUGUGGGUGGGCCUGUAG